AUGGGCGCAAUCAAACGAAAAGCAGAGCAAGGCGCCGCGCCAUCGAAAAAGGCAAAGGGCGCAUCGACCGACCGAUCAACGAAACGACGGAAAUCUGAUGUCGAGCAGCCAUCACCAGCAAAGCCAAAGCCUGGGAGCGCCGCGCCAAAGCCCAGUGUCUUCAAGGAUGAGGAGAAGUCCUUUCCUAGAGGAGGCGCCAGCGUCUUGACACCGCUUGAGCACAAGCAGAUUCAGAUCAAGGCGAACCAAGAUGUUCUUUUCGAGCAGGCCGGUAUAAAGCGAACCGGCGGCGGCGACGAUGGAUUCAGCGACAUGGGAUCCGAAGACGAAGAACAGGCGGCCACUAAGUCGAAGAAGAAGCCGCUGACUAAGAAAAGCAAGAAGCCGCAUGACGGUGGAGAGAAGGAUGACAGUGUGAGGGCAGAGGGCCUGAGCUACAAGAAAUUGUCGCCUGGAACCAUCAUUCUCGGCCAAGUCACGGACAUCUCUCACCAAGACAUCGUACUCGCGCUCCCGAACAACCUCAUCGGCUAUGUCCCACUCACCGCCGUAUCCGACAAACUCAACGAGAGACUAGAGAAGCUUCUCAAGGAGGAGGAGGCGGACAAGGAAGGAAGCGACGACGAGGCCUUCGAAGAUGUGGAUCUGAAAGACAUGUUUUCAGUGGGACAGUACGUGAGAGCAUGCAUCACAGCUACAAGCGACGAGGGCGCAAGAGCGCGAAAGAGGCUAGAGCUGUCUAUCGACCCUAAGCUGGUCAACAAGGGUCUUAACAAGCGGAAAAUACCUGUGAACAGCAUGGUGCAGGCCUCCGUAGUCAGCAACGAAGACCACGGUCUGGUCAUGGACCUGGGUCUUGAUGAUAGCAGCCUGAAGGGCUUCUUGCCAAAGGGAGAACUAGGGCCCAAGGUGCAGCAUGCCAAGGUGCAAGAAGGUGCCGUCUUCAUGUGCCUGGUUACUGGCCUCAACUCCGAUGGACGCAUCGUCAAGCUUUCCGCGGAUCACACUAAAGCAGGCAACCUGACCAAAGGCAACACCCUGACUGAAGCGCCCACUAUCGAUGUUUUCCUACCCGGAACUGCCGUCGAUGUGCUCGUUGCCGAUACCACAGCCACCACGCUGACCGGCAAGAUUCUGGGCCUCAUAGACGCAACCGCCGACGCCUACCACUCCGGAGCGACUGAGAAGGCUGCCAAUGUGUCCGAGAAGUACAAGAUUGGCACCAAAGUUAAGGCCCGCGUCUUGUUCACAUGUCCAGACUCAGAGCCCAGGAAAGUCGGUGUUUCGUUACUCGACCAUGUAGUGAGCCUUUCUACUCGUAUGUCCGGCAAACCCAAGGAACGCAAACCUCCAGUCGACCUUUUGCCCAUCUCGACUAUUGUCGAUACCGCAAAGGUCAUCAAGGUGGCGCCGAGCCACGGUGCUUUCUUCGAUCUCGGCAUCAAAGACGUUGUCGGUUUUGCGCACGUUUCGAGACUUUCCGACGACAAAGUCGACAUCCUAUCCGAAGAGGCUGGCGCAUACAAGCUCGACUCGAAACAUAAGGCACGUAUCAUAGGCUACAACGCUUUGGAUGGACUUUUCCAGCUUUCACUAGAGCAGAAGAUUCUCGAUCAGCCCUUCCUUCGCAUAGAAGAUAUCAAGGCUGGUGAACUUGUCAAAGGCAAGGUUCACAAGCUCAUUGCCGAUAAGACUGGAGCUACCGCUGUCCUCGUCCACCUUGCCGAAGGCAUUACCGGUCUAGUACCGGAGAUGCAUUUGGCUGAUGCUCGUCUGCAACAUCCGGAACGCAAGUUCAGAGAAGGUGUACCUGUCACAGCCCGUGUACUUUAUACCGAGCCUGCCAGACAUCAGAUUCAACUCACCCUCAAGAAGUCCUUGGUCAACUCAGACGUCAAGCCGUGGACGAACUACUCCAUGCUCAAGGAGGGCGCCACAGGUCCCGGUAUCUUGGUCAGCGUUCGUCGCAACGGUGCCACGGUACGCUUCUAUGGCGAUGUCAAGGCAUGGCUUCCAGUUGCGGAGAUGAGCGAAGCAUUCAUUGAGGACGCUACGCGCCACUUCACAAACGGACAGGUCGUCAACGUCCGUGUCAUUUCCGUAGAUGCGAAGGAGAAACAGCUCUUGGUGUCCUGCAAAGACCCCGCUGCUGUCGAUAUUAACAAGGAGGCUGCGUUCAACGCGCUCAACCCCGGCGGCAUCGUAAAGGGCAACGUGAUUGAGAAGUCUGACGAGAUCGCUACCUUGGACAUCGGAAAUGGCGUCAAGGGUAUCCUUCGCAUUGGCCACCUCACCGACGGAUCGGAGAAGAAGGACAUUUCGACCAUGAAGAAGAUUCGUGUGGGUGGUACGCUGGAAGACCUUGUAGUACUGACAAAGCAUGGCAAGUCCAGGACAGCAACAGUCUCGAACAAGCCUAGUCUUCGGAAAGAUGCUCAAACUUCAAAGCUUGCUAUCAGCAUUGAGGACCUUCAAGCUGGCGAGACGGUGCAUGGCUUCGUGCGUGGUAUCCUACCUGACAAGGUGUUCAUCGAACUUGGCAAUGGCAUAAGCGGUGUACUUUUCAAGUCGCAACUACCCGAAGAGAUGCUUUCAGCCCCAAAUUUUGGUCUUCGCAAGGAUCAGUCUGUCACUGCUCGUGUGACACACGUGGAUGCUGGAAAGGGAUUCUUUUGGCUAUCGAUGAAGGCCGAAGGUGAUGUUGACGCAGCCAACACUGUCGAUACUCCGGCAUCGAAAGGCGAAGCCCUAGUGGAUCCCGUUGACCCUAAAAUCACUUCUACUGAUGACAUCAAGUUCGGCGCCCUAGCAACCGUCCGCAUUCGAUCCAUCAAAGACACCCAACUUAACGUCGAGCUUGCGGCCAAUGUUCCGGGACGUAUUUCGGUUUCUGAACUGUUCGAUUCUUGGGACAGUAUUCCUGACAAGAAGCAUCCCACAGCACACUUCAAGAUGAACGACAAGAUUCAGGCCAGGGUUCUGGGAAGACACGACGCCCGCAACUUCCGUUUCCUUCCUAUUACUUCUCGAUCCAGCAACAAGACGCCCACUUUCGAGCUGACCGCAAACACGGACAAGAUCAAGACUGAAGCCGAUGUAUUGAGCCUCGAUAAGAUCACACCUGGAUCAUCACACAUUGCUUUCGUAAACAACAUUGCUGAGCGUUACGUUUGGGUAAAUAUCUCGGCCAAUGUUCGUGGGCGCGUUGACUACUUCGACCUAACCGACGAUCUCGAGAAGCUCUCUGACGUCGCGGAAAACUUCCCCGUGGGCUCUGCCCUUAAGGUUCGCGUUAAGGCGGUCGAUGUUGCAGCUGGAAAAUUGGACUUGACAGCUGCAACUACUCCGACUGGCAAGUCGCUGACCCUUCAAGACUUGAAGGUCGGCCAUAUCUUGCCUGCACGGGUUACAAAGCUGCACGACGCCUCCAUCGUUGUCCAGAUCAAUGACAACAUUGCUGCACCUAUCUUCCUCGAGCAAUUGGCAGACGACUACGAUAAGGCCAAACCAAGCGAGUUCAAGGUCGGUGAUGUCUUGCGGGUGUGUGUAAUCGAUAUCGAUAUCCCCAACAAGAAGCUAGGACUGUCUAUCAGGCCGUCCAGGGUAUUGAGCUCUUCAUUGCCAAUCAAGGAUCCCGAGAUCAAGGACAGAGCUCAGCUCAAAGUACACCAGGUUGUUCGUGGGUUCAUCAAGCACGUUGCCAACAACGGUAUCUACAUUCGUCUGGGACCUCACGUCGAAGCCUACGUUCGUGUUAGCCACCUCUCGGACGACUACAUCAAAGACUGGAAGACUGCAUUCCACGUAGAUCAACUCGUGACCGGCAAAGUUAUCUCGAACAAGCCAGAUCAGCGCAACCCACAGUUGAGCUUGAAGGCGUCGCACGUUCAAGGAACCUACACCGAGCCAAUUGAGUUCAGUGAUCUGAAGGUUGGACAAAUUGUCGCCGCCAAGGUUCGACAUGUAGAAGACUUUGGUGUGUUCCUGGUUGUUGACAACUCGAACAAUGUCAGCGGUCUUUGCCAUAUCUCUCAAUUAGCGGACACUGCCGUGGACAAGGACAAGGUCAAAGAGAUGUACAAGAAGGAUGACGCCGUCAAAGCCAAGGUCGUAAAGAUCGAUCCCAAGACCAGAAAGAUCAGCUUCACCUUGAAAUAUUCUCAAGUCAAGGGGGACAAUGACGAUGAAGACGAGGAUAUGGAGGACGCUUCCGAAGCUGAGCUGCAAGAAGAGAGUGACUCAGAUGGCGGCAUCGAGCUCGACGACGACAACGACGUAGAUAUGAGGAGCGUCAAGAGUGCUGAUAGCGAUGAGGAUGUCGAGCUUGCCGAUGCAGGUGUUUCUGACGAUGAGUCUGACGACGAUGUGCCAAAGGCGGCAACACAAGGACUCCGCACCUCCGGUUUUGACUGGACAGGUGCAACUCUCGACUUUGACGAGCAAAAGGGCGCUGCUGAACCCGAUUCCGAUGACGAGGCCCCGAAAAAGAAGAAGAAGAGUAAAAAGGCUACCAUCAAGGAAGACCGCACUGGUGAUCUUGAUGCCUAUGGGCCGCAGUCUGUCGCCGACUAUGAGCGCUUACUCCUGGGACAACCCAACAGCGCUGAGAUGUGGGUUCGAUACAUGGUUUUCCAACGUGAACUCAAUGAGAUUGAAAAGGCGCGCCAAAUCGCUCGUCGCGCAUUGGCAACCAUCAACCCAAGGGAGGAGAAGGAGAAGCUCGAUGUGUGGACCGCCUUGCUACAUCUGGAGAACGACUUUGCUAGCGACGAUGCUAUCGAGACUGUCUUCAAGGAGGCGUGCCAGAACAACGAUGCCCGCGAGAUGCAUGAGCGUAUGAUCAAGAUCUACAUCUCCUCAGGCAAGAUCGACAAAGCGGACAACCUCUACCAGUCAAUGAUGAAGAACAAGUCCUUCACCCCCGACCCCCAAUUCUGGCUCUCAUAUGCGUCAUUUCUAAUGGACGUCAUCCAACCACCUUCGCCCACACGAGCUCGCGCUCUACUCCAACGCGCCACACAAUCCGUCGCCUCGACCCAACACCGCUACCUGACACAGAAGUUCGCCGCCCUCGAGUUCAAGAGCCCCAACGGUGACGCCGAACGUGGUCGCACAAUCUUCGAAGGCCUCGUCGACACCUUCUCGAAGAAGGGCGAUGUCUGGGACAUGUACCUUAUGUUGGAGCAGAGCCACGGCAGUGCAGAUAACGUAAGGGAUUUGUUUGAGCGUAUGACCAAGGUGGGAAAAGCUUCACGCAUAAGGAGUGUAUUUAAGAAGUGGGCGGAGUGGGAGAGCAGUGUUGGUAAUAAGAAGGGUGUGGAGAAGGUCAAGGCGCUUGAGGAGCAGUGGAGGGAGAAGAAGGCGGAGAAGGGUGAUGAUGUUUAG